GAGGAGCCUAAGACCGGCAGCCGUCGGCGUUGGUCAGCAGGAUCUGUAUAUGCUGCGGUCAGGGUCACAUACGCGAUCAGGAAACUAGGUAUAUGCAUAUUAUAUUGCAUUGGAAUUGCCGGUGACAGGCAAAUGAUGCAGCAGGCUGCAGGCCACACCUUCCCCUGUGCAGCCAUGAAGGGGACCAGAGAAUGCAGCACUCCUAUGCACACAUCGAAGCUGUCAGGUGCAAAGCACCUUUUCUGGCUGCUUCUCACCUGUCCGUUUCAGAAAGUCGCACGUGUUUUCAUAGGCCUGGCUGCAGUCCAUUUGUGCUUCCCUCCGUGGGUGGAAGCAAGGGAGCUGCAGGGUUGUUGAUGGGUUCUCGCACUGUGCAGGCGGCGUCCUUCUUUGCUAGAAGAAACGGUCCAGGUAUUAGGAGCCUCCGUCCUCCUAUCCGGUCUGGUUUCAGACCAGACCCACCAACUCCCUCAAAAAGGAAGCGCGCGCCAACUGGCAUCAUGACUUGGGAGGUCUUCAAGCUGGAGAAGCAGUACACGUUCUAUGGGUCUUUCCACCAGCACCAAUACAACAAGGCAAUCCACGUGGUCUUUGUGUGGCCCAUCCUGUUUACGGCCUUUGUUCUGCUGGCGGGAAUCCCUGCCUCACUUCCACAGCCUGGGUUCAUCCAGUCCAUGCCUUUGCAUCAGUACCUGCAACUCAAUCUGGCGCUGGCUUCCGCGGCCAAUUAUGCAAUCUAUUACAUCAUAUUGGACCAGAAGCUUGGCCUCAUUGCAGCAGCCAUGAGUCUCGCCUGCGGGGUUGGUGCGAAUGCAUUUGUCAUGAACCUAGGCUGGAGCCUAGCGUGGAAGUUUGCCAUGGCGGUCCAAAUCAUCAGCUGGGGGGCUCAGUUCUUGGGCCAUGGCGUCUUUGAGGGCAAGCGGCCCGCGCUCGUGGACAAUCUGAUUCAGUCUAUCAUGAUGGCCCCCUACUUCGUCCUCCUCGAGUCAGUUGAACCUCUCUUUGGUUACGAGCCAAGCCCAGGCUUCUCUCAGCGGGUGCAUGCAGCCCUUGAGGCAAAGAACCAGGCAGAGAGGGAGCAACGAGAGAGACUGGUUUCUUGAGUGGACACCUUGACUACUUAUACAUCUUGUAGAUAGUCUCAGGAAGUUUGCUUGUAUAUAAACUCAUUAUAUUAGCACGCGGAACCGUUUCACAGAAGGUCAUAGAAGUCAGUGAUCGCCGGCUGUUGACAGACUUGUAUAGUGGACAGUAAUGAGUGAGCUUUCGGCAGUUGUUCCCAGCAAAUUUUGAGUUUCUGAUUUAGGUUUGCUGGGAAAGUGCUCUUCAAGCUGGCUGUACAAUCAGAGCAGCAAAAUACGUUAUGCAUAUAUAGUUCCGUUGAUUCGAGUAACUUUUUCUCCGGGAACAUGCGUCCUUCAUGCACUCAAAAGUUGUGCCAUGAAUUGCCCGCCAGUCUAACCACUUCUAG